AUGUUGGACUUCUCGCAGUACAGUCUGUCUGGUGCGGUUGCCUCCUUCUUCUUCAUCCUGCUGACCCUGAAGCGUCCAGAUGACUUCAGAGUGACUGGUCCUUCCCACACUAUUGUGGCUAUGGUGGGGCAAGAGGCCCUACUCACCUGUCAGCGCCUUCCCAAGAAGACUGUGGUGCACACGGAGGUGAGGUGGUACCGCACAGAGCCCGGCGCACCUGUAAUUGCAUACCGGGAUGGAGCUGGGAUGACUGAGGUGCAGAAAGAGGAGUACCGAGGCCGAGUCGAGUGGAUAGAAGAUGGCAUCGCAGAAGGACGUGUGGCUCUGAAGAUACGCAGCAUCCAGGCUUCUGACAACGGACAAUACUGGUGCUGUUUCCAAGAGGGCGACUAUUAUAGUGAAACAAGCUUGCUGCUCAAAGUAGCAGGCCUGGGGUCGGCCCCUCGGAUCCACAUGGAGGGGCCUGUGGAAGGUGGAGUGCAGCUUGUGUGCACUGCAGAGGGCUGGUUCCCGGAGCCGCAGGUGCGCUGGGAAGACAGCCAGGGAGAGCAGCUGCUGUCUGUCUCUGAGCAUCACAUCCAAGAUGAACAUGGCCUGUUCUACGUGGAAGCCACCCUUGUGGUCAGGGAUGCCUCCACAGAGACCGUGUCUUGCCUCAUCCACAACCUUGUCCUCAGCCAGGACAAGGCGUCCGUCAUCACCCUCCCAGAGAAACUCCAGUCUGAGAUGGCUUCCCUAACAGUGAUUGGACCUUCCCAUCCCAUCGUUGUCAGGGUGGGAGAAGAUGUGGAGUUAACCUGUUACCUGUCCCCCAAGGUGAAUGCACAGAACAUGGAGGUGAGGUGGGUCCGAUCCCACCGUUACCCCGCUGUUCAUGUGUAUGUGGACGGGGACCAUGUGGCUGGAGAGCAGAUGGUGGAAUACAGAGGGAGGACUGCUCUGGUGGGUGAUGCGAUCCAUGAGGGGAGACUGACCCUGCAGAUACACGGUGCCAGGACGUCAGAUGAUGGGCAGUACCGGUGCCUUUUUGAAAUCGAUGAUGUCUACCAGGAGGCCAGCAUGGAUCUGAAGGUGGUAGGGGUGGGCUCUUCCCCACUGAUCACUGUGGAAGGACUGAAGGAUGGAGACGUGCAGGUGAUGUGCACUUCCGAUGGGUGGUUCCCGCAGCCCCUUGUGCAGUGGAUGGACAGACACGGAGAGGCAAUGCCAUCAUUUUCUGAGGCCCUGAGUCAAGACAGCCGUGGGCUGUUCCACGUGGAGACGGCUUUAUUGGUGGCAAGGAGCUCCAUUGUGAACGUGACUUGUUCCAUCAGCAACCCCCUUUUGGGUGAGAGGAAAACAGCAACCUUUUCUUUCUCAGAGUCCAGGAUGAAUUUGUCGUGGAUCAUACUGCUUAUGCUGGGACUGCUUCUUGUUGUGGCUGUAGGCCUGAGUAGGAGGAAGAGCCGUAAGAAAGCAAAUGUGAUACCAGAUAUAAAUACAUCACACUCAAGAUCGAUUGAUUCUGAGAAAACCACAGAUAUGAUCCAUGGACAUUUGAACAGCCAGAUACCCAACAGAGAUCUGACUACCUGCUCCUCGUGCAGGGCCAGGAGGCACACACCCCAGGGAGGUGGGACUGAGAGGUGGAGGGUGGGAACAGGAGAGGAAAGCUCCCCAGUGUUGAAAAGGAAGAUGUUGUGA